CUUUCAUACCAUGGCUGCAUCAACACCCUCCACCGAAAGCGAAUACGUAACACUCGAAAGCUCCGAUGGUUUCCAGUUCAUUAUCCAUCGUGAAGCAGCUAUGCUUUCGGGUACCGUCAGGAAUAUGCUGUCCAGCGCAGGUCAAUUCACGGAGUCCACAGAAGGAGUUAUUCACUUCAGGGAUAUCAAGGCUGUCAUUUUGGAGAAAGUUUGCAAAUACUGGUACUACAAGGCUCGCUACAUGAAUUCUGUCACGGAGAUUCCUCACUUUGAGAUCGAACCCGAAUAUGCACUGGAGACACUCAUGGCUGCCGACUUUUUGGACACGUAGCAAUGGGGAUUACAUCCAUCACUCUUCUUGUUUCGACUCCUUUUUUUCUCAAUCACUAUUAUGCCAGUGUACACGCCAUAGACGAUAUAUUUCAAGUAGAUAUCAGAACAAAAAAAGCGUA